AUUUUUAAAGCUUGAUGUAACAUGUUUUGUUUUUGUUGCCAAUGGAGCCACCCCGGUCUUCACUAUAUGUAUUUCGUGCGUUCCAUCUGUGUGGUUUCUACAGUUUAAUUUUACAGUUGAGUGCACUGAGUCUGAGAGUAUAUUGCACGGAAGAAUUCAUGGGACAGAGAGAGUGUGUGUUUGUGUGGAUGAGUUAGAGAGAGAAAAUGGGGUGACUAAGACGACAUGCAGCUGGAGCAGAAGUAUCACAGCUGCUGAGAAUAUCCCAUCAACGUUUUUCACUCUUAUGGUGUGUACUUGAUCCAGGCACUUGUACAUGAUUCAGUUUUCGCAGUUCAUUUCAGGCCAUUUUGGCUGAAUUUCGUGUUUCUCUGUUAUUAUGAAGUAUAGUUGUUGCUGCUAUCCGAUCUGAACCCAUUUCCAAGUUUUUGUCAUUUUAUUUGGUUGCUGAUCAGGGGGUAUCACCAUUUCUUUUACAUUUUUUCUUGCAUCUGAUUUUCUGUUCUGAAGGAUACCCAAAUAAGGAAUUGCAUUUGUGAGAGCGGUGCUGAAUUGGGCAGUGUAGCUUUAUUAACUUGGCCAGUGGUCAAGGACUGAGGCAUGCUGAACUUGAAGGCUGUUUUAGGAUAAUCGGAUGGUGAAACUAUGUUGAAUUGUUCUUCUGGCCAGGGCAAAUUCCCUUAGAUUUUAUUGCCGGGGUAUAACAACCAGGCUUUUGCAACAUCCAAACCAGUAGUGUUGUAGUUCUUUUCUGAGGUCAUGGCAACCUUGUUACACCAGGAGUCCAGGCGCAUGUAUUCUUGGUGGUGGGACAGUCACAUUAGCCCAAAGAAUUCGAAAUGGCUUCAGGAAAAUCUUACAGAUAUGGAUGCCAAAGUCAAAGCAAUGAUCAAGCUCAUUGAAGAAGAUGCAGAUUCUUUUGCGAGGAGAGCAGAAAUGUACUAUAAGAAACGUCCAGAGCUCAUGAAAUUGGUUGAGGAAUUUUACCGAGCUUAUCGUGCUUUAGCAGAGAGAUAUGAUUAUGCAACUGUUGAGCUCCGUCAGGCCCAUCGAACCAUGGUGGAAGCAUUUCCCAACCAAGUACCCUAUGCUCUACCUGAUGGUUCACCAUCUGGGCCAACGGGCCCCGGGGCUGAGCCUCAUACACCAGAAAUGACACAUCCCAUACGUGCAUUGCUUGAUCCUGACGACUUGCAGAAAGAUGCCUUGGGACUCUCUUCAGCCAACUUACAUGAUUUGAAAGGGAAUGGAGGGUAUUCAGAAGAAUCAUAUUCUGGAAUAACCAAAAGAGGUUUAUUUCAUUUUUCAGCCGACAACCAUAAUCUUGCAGAUAAAACUGACAGUGAAGUUGAAACCUUAAAGAAAACACUUGCUGAGAUUCAAGAUGAGAAGGAAUCCAUUCUUCUUCAGUACCAACAGAGUUUGCAGAAGUUUUCUAGCCUGGAGAAAGAACUUAAUCAUGCACAAGAAGAUGCUGGAGGGCUUGAUGAAAGAGCUAGCAAAGCAGACAUUGAAAUUAAAGUGUUGAAGGAAUCACUCAUCAGAUUAGAAGCUGAAAGGGAUGCCAGACUUCUUCAGUGCAAUGAUUGUUUGGGAAAAAUAUCUAAUCUAGAGACUCUGAUCUCCAAAACCCAAGAGGACUCGAAAGGACUUAAUGAGCGUGCUUCUAAGGUGGAAAUAGAAGCUCAAAAUCUCAAGCAAGAACUCUCUAGAUUAGAGGCUGAAAAGGACGCUUGCCUUCUUCAGUACAAGCAAUGUCUUCAGAUGAUAAAUGCACUGGAGAAAAAGAUUUCACUUGCCGAGGAAAAUGUCAGAAUGCUUAAUGAACAAACUGAAAGAUCAGAAGCUGAAAUUGAAGCACUGAAGCAAGCCCUUUCCAGACUGAAUGAAGAAAAAGAAGCCACAGCUUUCCAGUACGAGCGGUGUUUGGAGAAGAUGGCUAAGAUGGAGAAUGAAAUUUUUCAUGCCCAAGAAGAUGUGAAACGAAUGAACUAUGAAAUUCUAUUGGGAGUUUCAAAACUAAAUAUCAUGGAGCAACAGUAUGACUUGUUGCAGAGAUCAAAUCAGUCUCUACGGGUAGAGGCAGAAAGUCUGGCCCAGAAAAUAGCAGUGAAGGAUCAAGAACUUUCUGAGAAGCAAAUAGAGCUGGAGAAACUUCAGGCUUUAAUGCAGGAUGAACACUCACGUUUUGUCCAAGUUGAAGCCACUCUUAAGGCUCUGCAGAGGGUGCAGUCUGAAUCUCAAGAGAAGCAGAAAGCUCUUAAAUUGGAGCUUCAAAAUAAACUUCAAAUGCUCAUGGAAUUGGAGAUAUGCAAUCGUGAUUUGGAGGAAGACAUCCAGAAGGUUAAAACAGAAAAUCAGAACCUGAUUGAAUUGAACAAUUCUUCUAAUAAUUCAAUAAACAAUCUACAGAAUGAAAUUCUUAGCUUGAAGGAGAUGAAAAAGAAACUUGAAGAAGAGACUGUACUCCAAGUGGACAAAAGUAAUGCCCUCCAGCUGGAGAUUCACCAUUUGAAGGAGGAAAUCAUCGCCUUAAAUGGGAGAUACCAGGCUUUAGUGGAGCAAGUCCUCUCAGUAGGUUUGGAUCCUGAAUUCCUUGCAUUAUCGGUGAAGGAGUUGCAAGUUGAGAACUCAAAGCUGAAAGAAUUCUGCCAACAGCACAGAGAUGAGAAAGAGGCUCUAUAUGAGAAGUUGAAGAACAUGGAUAAUCUUUUGGAGAAGAAUGCUGCUCUCCAGAUUUCACUCUCAGAAUUAAGUGUCAAGUUUGAAUGGUCAAGAGAGAAGGUCAAGGAAUUAAGGGAGUCCUGCCAGUUUCUCCGGGAGGAUAAAUCCUCUCUUGUUGCUGAGAAAACUACCUUGCUUUCUCAGUUUCAAAUUUUGAGUGAGAAUAUGCAGAAGCUCUUGGAAAAAGAUGUGUUGCUGGAAAAAUCACUUGCUGGUGCAAAUGUUGAGCUUGAAGGUUUGAGGGCAAAGUCAAAGAGCUUAGAAGAAUUCUGCCAGUUGCUCAAAAAUGAGAAAUCAAAUCUCCAAAAGGAAAGAAGCACCUUAGUCUCUCAGCUUGAAAAUGUUGAAAAGAGACUUGGUAAGCUGGAAAACAGGUUUACAAGAUUAGAGGAAAAAUAUGCUGAUCUUGAGAAGGAGAAAGAAUCCACACUUUGUCAAGUAGAAGAACUACGAGGCUCUCUAACUGUGGAGCAACAAGAGCGUGAAUGUUAUGUAAAUACAUAUGAGUCCAGAAUGGCAGACCUGGAAAACCAUGUGCGUCUACUGCAAGAAGAAACUAGACUGACAAAGAAAGAAUUUGAAGAAGAACUGGAUAAAGCUGUAAAUGCUCAGGUCGAGAUCUUCAUUUUGCAGAAGUUUAUAGAAGACCUGGAACAAAAGAAUCUAUCUCUGUUAAUAGAAUGUCAGAGACAUAUUGAGGCCUCCAAAUUAUCAGAUAAACUGAUUUCCGAGUUGGAGUGUGAAAAUCUUGAGCAGCAGGUGGAAACAGAAUUCUUGUUGGAUGAGAUUGAAAAGCUGAGAUUCGGAAUUUAUCAAUUGUUUAGGGCUCUCCAAUCUGAUCCCGUUAACUAUCAUGAAUAUAAGAUUGAAAAGGGGCAAAUCCCUAUCCUGCAUAUUUUGGAUGAUAUUGAGGAUUUGAAAAGUUCACUUUUGAGUAGUGAGGAUGUGAAGCAGCAACUAGUAGUUGAGAACUCAGUGCUUUUAACUUUGCUCGGACAACUGAGAUUAGAGGGAGCUGAACUUGAGUCAGAGAAGACAAUCUUUGAGCAGGAGGUUGUAACAAUGUCUCAGCAACAUGAUAUGCUGCAAAAAGAUAAGGAUGAGCUCCUUGAGAUGAACAGGCAGUUAAUUUUGGAAGUGAGCAAGGGAGAGCUACGACAGGACACAUUAAAAGCUGAAUUGGAAAAUCAGGGUAUAAAGCUGAUGACUCUGCAAGAGGCUUACCUGGCAUUGCAACAAGAAAAUUCCAAGCUGAGUGAGGAAAAUCGACUCUUGCUUGAGAAAUUUUUGGUCCUGAAAGAUGAGAUGUGUGUGCUUAAAGAGGAAAAUAGUGUGAUGCUGCAGGAAGCAUUGGAUCUCAGCAACCUCUCUUUGGUUUUCAAGAGUUUCGGAAUUGAGAAAGCUGAGGAAGUUAAAGCACUUUCUGAAGAUCUCAACUGUCUCAAUAUGAUUAACGGUGACUUCAAGGAGAAGAUUGAAUUGCUGGGGGACAAACUGGAAAUGAAAGAAGCAGAAGGUCUACUACUAAAUGAAACAGUUGACAAGUUGAACAUGGAGCUGGAUGAAGUCAAAGACCUCAAUGAGCAGUUGAAGAAUCAAACAUUUGCUGGACAGGAUUCUCUGAGAAAGAAGGCUACAGAGCUUUUAGAAGCAGAACAGAAACUUAAGGCUGCACAUAACUUGAAUAUGGAAUUGUGCAAAACUGUUGAAGAACUGAAGGAGGAGUGUGAAGACUUAAAACUUAUUAGAAAAGACGUACAGAAACACGUUCUUGAGAUAUCUGAAUAUUGCACAAGACAAAAAUUGGAAAUUGAAUCCCUUUCUGAAGUAAAUAGAUUUUUGGAGUCUGAAGUGGAUAUGUUACGUGAGGAGGUUGAAGAACAAAGGAUUAGAGAGGUGUACUUGAGCACUGAAUUGCAGGAGAGAAGCAAUGAGUUUGGACUUUGUGAGGCUGAGGCUGCGUCUUUUUAUUUUGAUCUGCAAAUUUCUUCCACCCGCGAAGUUCUACUUGAAAAUAAAGUGCAUGAGCUUACCAAAGUUUGUGAGAGUCUGGAAGAUGAAAGUGCUACAAAAAGUACAGAGAUGCAGCAGAUGAAAGAAAGAGUUAGAUUCCUGGAAAGUGAAAUCGGAGAAUUGAAGUCCCAGCUGUCUUCAUAUGUUCCUCUAAUAGCUUCCCUGAAAGAAAAUAUGGCGUCUUUGGAACACAAUGUUUUUCGUCAGAAAAAGAAUUGUCUGGCAAGCAAUGAAGAACAAAUGAGUUCAGAAUUGGCUGGUCAGCUUCAUCAAAUGAACAGUCAAGAACUCAAAGAUAUUCAAUGCAUUAUGAUUCCUGAUGGAAUUUCAGAAUUGAAGGAGAUCCAGACUAGAAUAAAAGCAGUUGAGAAGGCGAUAUUUGAAGAAAUGGAAAAGUCUGAAAUACAGGAAAGUGUAAAAAUUGGGUUCAAUGUUGAAGAUGAAAUAACAGAGACUGAAGAUUUUACUUUAAGAAGCACCUUCACAUAUCAGGAAAAAGAAUUUGAGAAAACAAUGGAAAUUGAGGACGAGUUCAUUGAUGAUCCAAAGUUGCAGAAGGGUAAACUUGAAACUUCUGAGAUUCCGAGUAAAACAUCAAUGAAAGAUAUUCCACUUGAUCAAGUCUCAGACUUUUCUUUCUAUGGAAGAAACAGGAGACAGAAUGGCGGGGCCAAUGAUGGGACGCUCGAGUUAUGGGAAUGUGCUGAGCAAGAUAGUAGUAUUGAGUCAAUGUUCAAUAGCAAACAAAAAAGAGUUGCCGCACCAGUGGCAAAUAUCCCCAAACAUCAUCAGUCCAAGAAUCUGGAUCAGCAUAAUCCCUCUUCAGAAUCACAAUUUGAGAAGGAAUUGGCUGUUGACAAGCUAGAGGCAUCUGAAUGCGAUCAAGAGCCUAAUAAAGGACAGAGCCAGAAAAAGAUUUUGGAGAGACUUUCUUCCGAUGCUCAGAAAUUGACAAAUCUUCAAACAACUGUGCAAGAUUUGAAAAAGAAAAUGGAGAUAAACAAGAAGAGCAAGAAGGGCAAUGAUCCUGAGUAUGACAUAGUGAAAGAACAACUCCUAGAAGUUGAGGAAGCUAUUCUUCAGCUGGUGGAGAUGAACGUUCAGUUGUCAAAUGAUACUGAAGAGAGCCCCAAAACUUCAGGGGGCAUGUCCUCAGCAGAAUCAGAAGAAACUAGAGAUGUCUGCAGAAACAAAGUGACAGAAGAGGCCUGCAAAGGGUCUGAAAAGAUUGGCCGAUUGCAGCUAGAAGUUCAAACCAUCCAGUAUAUAUUGCUGAAACUGGAGGAUGUCAAUAAAACAAAAGGAAAAUACAAGUUUUCAGAAAGUAAAACAGGUGCACUCCUGAAGGACUUCAUUUCCCAUGGUGGGAGAAGUAGUGGACAGAGGAAGAAGGUGUGUUGUUUAUGUGGGUGUGUGAGACCUUCAACAACUAAAGAAUGAAAGGUUCAGAGGAAAAAUAUUUCAACUUUAACUUGGAAAGAAAUGUAAGAAGUAGACCUGAUGUAAUCAUAAUAAGCUGCUUGAGCAAUUUUUAUAAGUAGUCUCCUACGAAAUUGUAUCAAUGCACAA